AUGUGGAAAUCGCCAGCAGUGUCGGGCUCCAUAAAAAGGAUUUGCGCUGCCGCGCCCGCGUGGAAGUUUUCAGAGUCACGUGAGGUUCUGAGCGCGUACGAGAUGGGCGCGCCCCUUGCGCCCUUCGCCUUCGCUCGCGUGCCCGCGGCGGCGACGCGAUCGGCAUGGCCGGAGCCGGCGCCACGGCGGCCACCCGCGGCUCGUGCAUCCGGCGCGUUCGCACGCGCGUCGGCGCCGAGGGCUGGGCUGGCGUCCGCUCGACCCGGCGGGGAGCGCGCCGCUAAGCCACCGCGGUCGGGGGCGGCACGGGGUGCGCCGCUCACGUCCUUCCCCUUCGUUCGCGUGACCGCGGCGACGCGAGCGGUCGGGGCGGAGCCUGUGCCUUGGCGGCGACCCGCGGCUCGUGCGUCUGUCGCGGCCGAUCGAGCGUUCGCGUCUAGGCCCGGAAUUACGUCCACACGACCCGCCGGGGAGCGCGCCGCCGAGCCAUCACGGCGGGGCACGCCUCUCGCACCCUUCGCCUUCGCUCGCGUGUCUGCGCGCGGCGACGCGACACGCGGGCGAGCGGCGACGCUUGGGCCACCUGGUGCGUCGGUAGCUGGAGUAGCGCGUGCCAGGAGGCGGGCCGAGCGGCGCGGUGCGGUGGCUGUCACCGUAGCGCCAUGUUUUUCACAGCCGUCGCGUCGGUCGUCGACGCGGUCAGGCCGCCGCAUACGGCCUUUGACGAUCGUCCACCCCUCCUCGUUCUCGUAUGGAGACGCGUGGUUCGGCGCGGCCCGCGUAACUCGCGUCGACAGCAGCGCGGGCGUCGCGGGCACACGGGACACCACGGGCGACGACGGGGUGUCCAACGCGUCUACAGCAAAAGGCGAGGCUGGGGGCGCGUCCUCGUCGUCGUCCUCGUCAUCUUCGCUGACCACCGCGAUCGAUUGGCGGAUAGGCUAUACAGUAGCCCUACGUGUACACUGGUUCCCAUACAGUACGACCGCGUUGGCGUGGUGA